GGGGCGGUCCAAAGGGGGCGGGGAGCCCGCGGCGGUUAAUUCUUUUUACAGAGUGGCUUCUCAUCCCUGGUUCUGGGAUUUCCUGAGGCUGCGAGAAAUGGUUAGGUCUGGAUCCCGACCGAGCCAGGUGUUAUCUUCAGGAAGGAACUCUGGAUCUGCUAAAUUAACAAAUGGAAAGAAAGGGACUCAUUUAAGAAAAAUAUCACGUUUUAAUGCAAAUUCUGGCUAUCCCACUCAUUCUGAUUCAGAAAGUCAGACUGAAACUAUACAGGGGCUUGAUGGUUGUGCUUCUUUGCUGCGGGACAUUUUGAGAAAUGAAGAUUCAGCUUCAGAAACAGCAUAUUCAGAAAAUAGAUGUAACUCCAGACCUUUAGAAGGCAAAAAAUGUGGAUCUAAAAAGAAAGGACAUGAGAAACAUAUUUUUCCUUCAGUAGUCUGGAAGGAAACAUUAUCUUCAGAUAAUAAAAAGCAGAUACUUAAUGAAGCUUCUGCUGGAAGUGAAAGAGACACAUCAAGCAUAGCACAAGAUUGGUCAUUACAAGAUCAUUAUAGAAUGUAUUCACCAAUAAUAUACCAAGCCCUCUGUGAGCAUGUGCAGACUCAGAUGUCAAUGAUGAGUAACUUGGCUUCGAAGAAUUGUUCUAAUGGAAUUCCUGCUACACCUUGCCAUACUGAGUCUGGUUCUGAAUAUCAGGCAACAUCACGUUCUGGUUAUGGCUGUUCUACCUCUACCCCAGCCUGGUCACCUCAGCGGCUGCCCUGCCCUCCAGUGGUUCAUUCUGAAGUCCAAACUGAUGAUGAUAACCAGUUGGCAUCACAAAGUAAAAUAAUCUCUGUGAACUAUUCUGAUGGCCCAAGGAAUUCAUUUAAUAUCAGUCCUGGAGUUCCAUGUGGCUUGCCCCAAACUGACAAAGCGGCUAUUCCAACAUUUCAGCAGCCAAGUCUUGCUAAUUGGAUUCUGACACAAAAAGAAGUUCCUAAGGAAGCAGACCUACUAAAGUGUUUUCAAACACAUAUGUCUCUGUUUCAAUCUCAUGAAAAAGAAACUCUUCCGGACAGUCAGACACACCGAAGCUCCACUCAAUCACAGCUAGCUUUCUUGGCCACUAAUGAAGAAAGAUGUGCCAGAGAACAAAUUGGAGAGGCCACAAAUGAAGGAAAGUAUUUAAACAUACAUGUGCAAGAUACAAAAACAGUCAAGGAUGUACAGAAGGCAAAAAAUGUGAACCAGACUGCUGACAAAGUUAGAACUAUAAAAUAUUUGUUGAGAGAACUCAAGGCUCUGGUAGCAGAACAAGAGGAUUCAGAAAUUCAGAGAUUGAUAACAGAAGUAGAAGCAUGUAUAUGUGGGCUUCCAGCAGUAAGUGGAAACAGAAAUAUUCAAGUUGAAAUAGCACUGGCUAUGCAGCCAUUGAGAAGUGAAAAUGCUCAGUUACGAAGACAAUUGAGAAUUUUGAACCAGCGACUCAGAGAACAAGAAAACACUCAAAAGACAUCUGGCCCCGUAGAAUGCAACCAUGAAUUGUAUUCCCUUCAAUCAUUGAACACAUCACUGCAAAAUCAAUUGCAGGAGUCACUGAAGAGUCAGGAAUUACUACAGAGUAAAAAUGAAGAGCUCUUAAAAGUGAUUGAAAAUCAGAAAGAUGAAAACAAAAAAUUUGCUAGUAUAUUUAAAGACAAAGAGCAAACACUUCUUGAAAAUAAACAGCAAUUUGACAUUGAGAUAACAAGAAUAAAAAUUGAAUUGGAGGAAGCCUUGGUCAAUGUGAAAAAUUCCCGGUUUAAGUUAGAAACUACUGAAAAGGAAAAUCAGAUAUUGGGAAUAACACUGCGUCAGCGUGAUGCUGAAGUGACUCGGCUGAGAGAAUUAACCAGAACUUUACAGAACAGUAUGGCAAAGCUGCUCUCAGAUCUUAGUAUGGACACUGCUUGCUGCAAGCCUGGAAAUAACCUUACCAAAUCAAUUCUGAACAUUUAUGAUAAACAGCUUCAACAGGACCCAGUCCCUCCCCACACUUCCAUUAUGAGCUACCUAAAUAAGUUAGAAACAAAUCACAUGUUUACACAUUUGGAGCCACUUUCUACAAUUAAAAAUGAAAAAACCAUAGAAAAAAAACCCUAUGAAAAUGUUUUGCCCUCCAAAGUCCCUCCACAUAGUGAUAUUGGGGGCAUGGAGAGAGUAUUCGCACCUGAGAUUCUUUCUACCCUUUCAAAACAUGAUUCUGAUGCUGAGUGUGAAACCAUGACUUUAAUAGAAGAUGAAUGUAAUUUAGAUAACACAAUUUAUAUUCCUUUUGCUAGAAGCCCUUCUAAGAAGAACCUACCACUUUCUAGGAGAGUAUCCCCCCAGCCACAGAUAAGUGUUGCUACAAGACAACUAGUCAGCGAUAGUGCACUUAUCUCUGAAACAGAAAGUAAACUGUGUGUACCUGUAGUUUGUUCUUCAAAAAAUGAAACAGAAGAUGCACCUGAAAAACUUUCCAGAACAACCGACACGGAAGACAAACAGCUCCUCAAGAAAAUAAAGGAGGCAAUUGGUAAGAUCCCUGUUGCUGUUGAGGAUCCAGAGGAACAAGCUGCAUGUCCUGGCCUGUCAGCUUGUCACAGCACCAAUGUUCAAGUGAAAAGCAAUGUUGUCUGUGAUGGCAGCUUUUUAAAUUCUGACUUGAUGUCAGACUGGAGUAUCUCUUCUUUUUCAACGUUUACGUCUCGUGAUGAACAAGACUUCAGAAAUGGCCUAGCAGCGUUGGAUGCCAACAUAGCUAGGCUCCAGAAGUCCUUACGGACUGGUCUUCUAGAGAAAUGAAUUCAAAAGCAAAUUGAUUGAGUACUUUCUCUUUUUAAGAUUAGAACUUGGCUAUAUCGAAGGUAUAUUUUAAAUUUCUGUAGAAAAAUAACUUUAUAUUGUUAAUUAUGUAUAAAAUAAUAAAUUUUAUGUAUAAAAACUUACUGUUGGAAUAUUUUGACACUUGGGAAUUUAUAAAAAGUCAUCUUAAGAAAUUAAAAAUUGCCAAGACAAUAACUAGGAAAGUAUUUUAAUUUAGUACUUAUCAAUUAGAGUUCUUUUACUAGUAUUUAACUGUGGGGUUUAAGGUUCAAGUUAAAGGAUUUUUUUGGUUGUUCCUUAAAGCAUAACGGGAAGAAAGUCUCUGGGGGCAAUUAUUACAUUUAAACUAGAAUUUCUUUUCUGUUUUAGGAUAGCUCUGUGUUUCUUAAUGACAUUGUGUUUUUGUAUGGAAUGUUCUGUACUAUAGGCCAGUGCUCUUGGUGAGAUGUAUAAACAUUUCUUUUACAAGAAAAAUUGCCAGUUAA